AUGCUUAUUUUCUUAGACCCUCCGUCAAACAUUGUUGCCUACAACACAAGUUCGUCAUCCAUUAAUGUUACCUGGGACUCGAUUUUUUCUGGUAAGCCACCGGACGAUAACUUUACCGGCUACAGAGUGAGUUACAGAGAACACAGUUUGGACCAGGAGGUUAAUUACGUUCUGUGUUCAUCAGCGGAUUUUUACACAACAGAAUUGACCAGUUUGUAUGUGUUUACGAACUAUUGCAUCGGGAUUGCUUCAUUUACUGAAAGAAAAGUUAGUAACACAAGCCAAUGUCUCUUCAUAACAACAGAGGAAGCAGGUAAGACGAACAUUAAUCCCUGUUGGAUGUUCCCUGAGGGAAUACUGUGAACUGGACGUAUUUUUCAAAGCUAUAAAGUAUGCAGCGAUCGGUUACAUAUACAUUUCACAAUUUGCCCCAACCGAAACCUAAAUGUAAUAAGCAAAUACAAAACUAAUGAUCGAUAUAGCGAAAGACUAUGAAAGCUGUCGAGUUCUACAGAACGUUUCGUUCUUAUAUAGAUUAUAUUUUUAACAAGUCAGAGAGCUUUCUGAUCCCUGCUUAUGUUAAUUUCUUAAGCUUGCACACAGUUUAUUCAAUCCGAACGUGUCUAAGGACGCUAGGUAUUUUGCACUAUAAACGCUACUUCAUUGGUGGAUCUCAGUGUUUUCAACAGAGAAUGAGCUAAGAGAGCGAAUCUCUGAGCCCAAUUAUAAUUAUAUAUCUUUGACUGUUGUUUUCGUAACCACACCGCCUACUUUGCCACAGUUCAUUCUUUGUUGGCGUUUUUCUAUAGUUAAUUGGCCCUUUUGUUUACAGAAUACUGCCCAGUCCACUCAACAAACAAAUGAUUAGCAAAUUGUUAGAAUGAAAGAAACCUUUAAAAAGUUAAUCUCUAAAUAAAAGGAUUUUUCUUUUAAAUGAAACAGCUGACUUAUGUACUUAACGCCCUCUGACCUUGUCUGAUCCAUCGAGAUCUAGUUCUUCUUACAGAGUUGUUAUUCCGUCUGUAAAUGAAAACAUUUUAUCCCGUUUUACUGUACUGCGUUAUGUUUUAUUUACUUAGUUCCAACUGCACCUCCUCAGAAUUUUUCCAUCUUUUCUACAAGCUCCACCACCAUAGGCGUCGCUUGGGAUCGAUUGCCAUCGGAACACAGACGAGGAGUUAUCCUUGGAUAUAAAAUAUUUUACGAAAGAAAUGCACGUAUUCAUCGCGUAUCUCGUAGCAUUGAAAGUGGAGAGCAAAUUGCAGAGGCGAACUCAGUUAGAUUGGACAUCGUAGGGUUAGAGAAAUUUACUAACUAUUGCGUUUGGGGUGUGGCAUUCAACAGAAUGGGAAUCGGUAACGAAACGCAAGUUCUUUGCAUAAGCACAGAUGAAGACGGUAGGAAAUAAACUUUCCUUGUUAGUAAUAGAACUAUCUGAAACGAUCAAAAAUUGUUUUCCCAUUAUUUUAGAAAUCAUUAGAACCUAUUUCUCUUGCUUUGUUGUGUCACAUUUUAUCUCAAUAGAUAACCUCGUCUGGCUUCAUACAGAACAAGAGUAAUGUCCUGUCUUAAUGGGUCUUAAUAGAAAUAACUAUUUCCUAAGUUUCUCGUAACAUUCUUUGUAGUUCCUCUUGACUCUCCCUUAAACAUAUCGGCUAACAGUACAAGCUCCAGCACUAUCUACGUUCAGUGGGACACUAUUGCCGCGGAAUUUAUCCCUGGAAUACUUCUAGGCUUCAGAGUAUAUUACGGAAAAGCUAUUGAGCCCUUGUCGCAAUACAACAACGUGACGGUAGGAACUGAUCAGUUGAGUGUUGAUCUAUUGAACCUUGAAGCGUCUACGAAGUACUGUAUACAACUGGCUGGUUUUACAAGAAUUGGAGAUGGUAACAGAACUGCUUGCUUCUAUGUGACAACCGCGGAAAAAAGCGGUAAGUUGUGGUAUAAUUAUGUUAAUUUAUUACGCAUGACAUGAUACGAAUGUUUCAGUGGAGUGCAGCAUUUGGAGUGGUGAUGAGAGGAACGAUGAUUAUGAAGACGACCACGACGAUGCCGUGAUGACGUCAUCGAAGCCGUAAAUGAUAAAAUAUAAGUUCGUCGAACUGAAGGAAAAUGAAUGACGAAGGAGGUGUAUAUAAUAGAAAGACAGUUUACUUUACUUUGUCCCUCUUUACACCGGUGUUUUGAAUAUGAGGGUCUCAGGGAGUUCAGGGCUUAGUCAUGCGUUCAUCGGUCCGGGCCACAACCAGAUCUGGAUAUGCAAUUUCCUACAAUCUGAUUGGCUCAGAGCUCAACCAAAACAUUGACUUGACCGCGAAAGGUUCAAGCUCGACAGAAAUGUCGAACAGGGAAACUUCGAAGCAAAUAGCUGUCGAGUGCUUUGGGUGGAAUGUACCUUGAAGAAAAGUAACAGCAAUACGGAGCCGAUUAAUGGAGAUUAUUUUAUGGGUCAUAGCGUUCGACUUACGAAUAUCGAGAUGUUAAUGAUCGAGAACGCUUUCUGUAAACACCCGUGGAUUUCUGAUAAUAUUUCAAGAGACCAGAAACAACUCGACGACUCCGAUCGAAUUGGAAGAAUAGGGAAUUUGAAUACCGCGAUACAUUUUAAGUGGAAAGGUUUUAAGAAGUCCUGUUUGGAGUAAUUUCUGCGAGCACAGCUUCGACCUGGAGAAGUCUGUUCUAUUCUACUUCGGGCGCAAUACCAUACACGCUAAAAUCUAAUUUCGAUCGAAGGAUUGAUAAUGAUAAUCUUAAUGCUAAUUAUUCUUGUUUAUAUAAAUUUCCAGUAUGUUGAAUCGUCACACAUGUUGGAAAUAUGCGAAGGUCAAAGAAAAAAUAAAAUUUGUGGAAAUUGCACUCGCGAAGCGUCGUAAGCAGUCAUUAACGAACUUCUGUCUUUGCUUAUUGCAAAUUGCAAAACCCCAUUGCGGAUGAAAAUAAUGCAAGUGGACGUAUCCGUGCUCUAAUAGCUGUUAAAUAGUCACUGAGAGGACGUAAACAUAAUUUGACAAUUGUAUUUUGAAAAACAGCGUUGACAAAUGAAAUAGAUGUGCAAACUUUACUAUUGUUUGUGCCAAAAUAUUUAAUAGAAUGGUUUUUCACAAGACAAGAAAAUAUUAUGUAUAUUUAUAUCUCUAUAUUUUUUAAAAAAAUUUGUUCCUUUAAAUUAUUGUUAUUAAGGGGGUGCAUCAGUUAAGACGACUGAUGCGGUUCUAAAUGUCAAAGGAAGGUGUCACAUUGGGAUGCACAGCUAGUACAGCAUCACAGUAGUUUUUUGGCAUGAGAGAUUUCAUAAUACCAUGUGUCUACUACCUAGGAUAUAGUAGUUUUACGGUAGAUAGGAAUACCACGACUGUAAUAUGGGUUACAGACGAAUACAAUUCUAGUUCAGUCACAUUCUCACUUGGCAUUGCAGUAGCAACAUUCACUUUUAUUGCACUAGCAAUCAUUUCCCUCCCUCCCUCCCUGUAGGAUUUUAUUUUGUUCUAUUCAUGGACAGUGUCAUCACUUCAGUUUAUUACUUGAUUGAGGUUGUUUUAAUUCUUUUUUAGUUUGGUCUUUCUUAUUUGUUGGAGUACUUUAUUUUUAUACUAAAUAUUACCUGUUAGUUAUUUACCAUGUAUUGUAUUUUGUUAUGAUUAAUAAAGGCUGUCUUGUAUCCCAAACAAUGCCUGGGUUUCUGAGUUUUGUUGAUUUAGUGUAAAAACUAUGCCAUUAUAUAGUAAUAUCCUGUCACUGUAGGUGGAAUACAUUCUAUUAUUAGAUUAUGUUUGUCCUGUAUCAUACAGUCAAACUCCUCUUUACGGACACCAGCUUAAUGUGGACUCCCUGUUAUUAUGGGAUGUUUCCUUGGUCACUAGGGAAAACCCUUAAUUUUUCUCUUUAUUCCACCCACUUAAUGCAGACUGACCUGUUAAAGUGGAUAAUGGACGUUUUUUCAGGACCUGUUUGAUAUGGACACCUCCGUUAUAUAGACACUUCCUAUGGCCCCUUCAGUGUCCAUAUCAAUGGACUUUGACUGUAAUUAUGAAAUAUGGAACAGUUUUGUAAGAUCGAUCAUUUGGUGUCUUGUUUAAAGUAUGUUUUCAGCCAUUCUUCACAUUUUCUACCGUGCAUGUCAUAACCUAAGACAAAGUAAAGUAACAAUUAAAUAAUAAAUUAAAAAAUUAUAUGAGCAAUCGAAAAUACAGACAUUUUUUUAUGUACCUCAAUCUGUGUACAUUUAUUUCAUUGAAAUGAAAGGGUUAUCCAGGGAUGACCAAUGCUCUUAUUUUAUUGUCAGCAUUGACAUUUUAUUUCCGUAAUCGAAAAUUAUAUAAUUGGGAAACUGGUUUGCACUGUUGCAUACUGUCUCAUGACAGUGAUUAAUCAACCAUCAUCAUUUCAGUCAAGACUUUUAUAUUCAAAGCUAUCCUACAAUGUGGGCUCGCUUGGGCAUUUGUUGAACAUCCUUGGUGAGCCUGUUUAACCAAGAUCUUACAGUUGAGCUUGCACCAGCAGGGAAGAACUUGCUGUAUAUAUUCAUUGAUAGUUUGCUACGUGCGAUUGAAUAUACCAGAAGGCUGGCACCAAACAAAAAUGGAAUAACAUAAGAUGGUUGCACAAGAGAAUACAGCUGAUCCACAGCAACUGUUUUCUGCACAUCUUUUAUAGCACUGUGACAUAAGGCACCUACUGCAUGCGACAAUACUUCAUUUCGUCCUUCCAUCCAGCUAUCUGGUCGCAAUUUUAAAAACCAGGUAAACUCUUAUAGGUUUGACUGCAGCUAAGAAUGUCCUUUUUCACCUUCUCAGCUUCUAACCUGAAGAUAGAGUUUGUUAAUUGUAGCAAUGUUACUCUCUCAACACCUGAUACAAAUUGAUCAAUAUUGUGAAGAUCAACAAAGGCAAAAUUAAAAUAUUCUGUAAGUUUACAGGAAAGGGUAAGAGCCAGUUCUUUGUCUAACUUUGGCAACAUGUCCAUGAGUUGGUUGAAAGUUAGGCAACCAUCUUUUUUACUCCCUCUGACUCAGACUCUUUCCUUCAAUUCCAAUUUCAAUUCCUUCUUUGCAGGCCUUCCCUUGAGGUUCUGCAGGCAAUAGCAGUUUGAGGAGUGUUCGUUCCACACAAACAGUUUUAUUCCUUGCUUUCUCCCUUCGGAGGUUUCGGGGUCCAAGUUACCCGAAUUUAAAUGAUAAACGACUCUCCUACAAGCCGAACACACUUUCUAUGGAUGGAUUUCUCUGGAGUCCAGCCCAAUAUCUACGCCAAAGAAGUUCAAAAGUUCCCUUCUAAACGUUUUGUCGCAGUUCUGGACAGUUUUGACCUUAGAGAAAGUUUUCCCACACAAAAGGCAUCUUCUUUCCAAAAAACCAAGGUGCUUUUCCAUCCGACUGCAAACUGACUUUUGUAGAUAAUCUUUAACAUUACAGCACUAUGUGGAACUGCUUUGCACUACACCAAACAGACCAAUAUCAACAAGCAAAUUUUAUGUAGAUUUCAAAAAUAUUUUUUGCAAAGGUUCAAAAAAUGACACUCACCUUCUUUUUUUCGAUGUUUUGCUCCUGGUGGGGCAUUUGUUUAAGCUGAAAAACUCUCGUGUUCGGUCGUUUUACCUCCCAAGAACGCACAAACAUUCAUCGGACGGCAUUUUUUCUUCACACCCCUGAUUUCUCAUUGUCUAAAGUCACAGCUCUCAAAGUAGUAUGGGGAAAGGACACUUCUAGGCGCAUCAAAGAGCCAGGAAGUGACCUUCCCUCGUGUUUCUCGGCGUGGGCGCCAUUUUGCAAAUGUGGGUGACGUCAUCAUAUGUCCAGAUCUGGUUGUGGCCCGGACUGUUCAUCAGGUCCCCCAGUCCGCCAAGAAUGUAGGGGUGUAACGAUUCAUAUUCCUUGCGGUUCGAUUCGAUUUUGAUUAUUGCCUUUCGAUUUCAAUUAUUUCGAUUCGAUUAUGUAAAUGUUUCUUAAUUCUUAUAACAUAACACGUAAUGUAAACAACAUGCAACCCUAAACGCUCAAUUUGAGAAUAGUAGUAGGGACAGGAGGAUUCAGAGUCGCUUGGUUCGUCGCCAUAUUUGAGAACCUAAGAAAGAGCGUGUCGCACAUAGUUUGCCUUAUUUGGCAAUUCUCAAGGGGUGGUUGAAGGACAGCAUUUUUACCAGGCAACACAAAAUGGCGCACGAAAUGCUAUUGUCUUUGCUCGUCAAUCAUAAACGCACAAGCGUUCUGGAUUCCGAUUUUACAAUAUAAUAACUCACUAAGGGCACCCUGGAAAAGGUGUGCAAAAAUCGAACCAAAAUCGAAACUUGGAAGCAAAGAAUCGUGAAUCGAACCGAACGGUCAUAAGGGAGGAGAGGGGUAAGCCGUUAGCUUGUGAUUUACAUUUGCAAUUAUGAUGGGUAAGCCUGAGUUUAUUUUGAGGAUCUAGGAGAGUUCACUGGAGACAGUCGUUUUUGGAUUUAGGAGAGCGAGGAAGAGGAGUUACCAAAUAGUACUUAUCACUUUAGCCUGAAUAUUGGAAAAUACUAAGGGGUUAGUGGAGAGGCGAUUUUAACGCCUGAUACUCAGGCCAUCAUAAAUUUAUGAUUUAUUUCUACUCACUUUCAUUAAUAAAAUACUUACUUUCCUUUUCUUAGUUCGCAUCAGCAUUCCACAACCACUCGUAGAAAUGUACUACAGUCCAACUGCUGUUAAAGUGACGUGGGAAAUUCUUAAUAACAAUAGGACCAUCAGCGGAUAUAAACUUCAUAUUGCAGAAACUGGAAGUUCGCGUGAACCGCCUUUGGCCCCAUUCGAGAAAAUAAUAAAGAUACAAAAUGCCUCUCAGACUUCUUUAGUAAUUUCCAACCUUUCCAUAUUCACAAGAUAUCAGAUUCGCAUGGCAGCCUACAGUUACAAAGAAGUGGGAGAUUUCAGUUUUCCUGUUAUUGCUGGUAGGUUGUUUUUCCUUUUUUUCUGCAUAUGUCCAUAUUCCCAUCCAGUAGAAGUCGAGUCCAGCAGUUGUUUUAUCGUUCAUUCAAAAUAAUUCCUCUUUUAAAACAGGUUCCCGUUUGUUUGCUCCUCGACUCCUCGGGAUAAACAUCUAGCUGGAUUUUUUAAACGUUAUCGCCAAAUGUACCUUUUGUGUCCAACAGUUAUUGAGCAACCAUUGCUUUUUUCUCCUCUACGACUUUCUACCUCCUCGCUGUUUCGUUUUCUCCUUUCCUUUUCCUUCGUUAGUGUGAUUUUGGAGAUUAUCGGCCUAAGAAACCCACUUUUUGAGGCCUUUUUACUCAAAUGAUGGCAAAUUUCUUUAUCCUGGUUUUCAAAAACAAUCAGCUAGACAUGUAAAGGGAUCUUUAGUCUAACGGAUAUUCUUCAAAUAUAGUUAAUUUCCGUUGAGAUAUAUUUUGCUGUUUUUUUUUCUAUUUUACAGGCCAAAAUUUGGCUAUUUCUUCUUCUUGAAAAGGGUGAAAUUUCCCGCCAUUUCCUCUAGAACUACCAAAACAACUGAGCUAACGCAACCUCCCUGUCUGAGAAUAAACAUUACUUUUAUCUUCAUGAGUUCCUCAAGCGAAGAAUUCACGCAUUAGUAGGAAAACUCAAAAUCAGAUGUUUCUGUUAGUUAAUGGUAGCCAUAUUUGUACCCCUGAAAGGGACACAAACAUGACGUCUCCAUACAAAGCUUUAAAAAUUUGGGUAAAAAGGUUUUUCCGAAUAUUUCGCAAACUAAAUAUUGCACAGAAAUGAUUCUUGGCAAGGCUCUUUGCAUAUUUAUCUUCUUUCAUUUCCCAGAUUCUAGACUUUCUGUAUUGAAUAGUCUGCACUUUUAGUUUUGAUGGCGUGACAAUGAAAUCAGAGAAUUGCCAGAACUGACACUAUUAUAUUGAAGGGAGCAAAACGCCAACUGGUUAUGAAAAAUUGAAUAAAUUAUAGUAUAAAUACCAGUAUUAAUAAAAGUAUUGAUAUAAGUAUUAUUAAUUGGACAGUUAAUAGUUACGUUCAUGAAACUCAAGGCGUAUUCAAACUAAUGUACGCCAGUUUUUGGCCGUUGUUUGUUUGUCCUUUUUUUUUUCGCUAUAGGAACUUGCGUUUGUCCUCAAUACUUUUCAGUGACCGCACGCCCUUCACCUCUGGACAAUGGUGGAUCUCGUGGGCUGACCGAACUUAUCGCUGGAAAUAUAAAGAAAUCAUGCGGCUUCUGUAAAGAGUAUGGCGAAACAGUGCUAAAUUUUUCCAAAAGCGACGAAGGAGAAUCAAGCCUUACUUUUCCUGUUUCUGUGACAACUCCGAGAGGCAGCGAAUUUAGCAAGUUUGUCGCUAUAUUAGAGGUACCUGGCGUUGUGGUCAUAAGGCGAAGAAAUCAUAAGUCCAGUCAGGGUUAUUAUGAAGAGGUCAUAACUGGCUCAUUUCUUGACAAAUGGUCGUUCUUUACUGUUUGUCUGCUGGCAAUGUACGCAGCUGGAGUGAUUCUUUGGUUUUUGGUGAGUUGAUUCCAUAUUGAAAUCCUAGCUAUGAUGACUCUUUGAAGCAGAGUAAUUUUUUCUGUCUUCGUUCUGUCCUCUGAAUGAAUCUUUCUUUGGAAGAAUCGAAACCCGCAGUUAGCAUCGAUUGAAACCAAGCAAUCUAUAAUAAUAAUAAUGAUGAUGAUGAUGAUGAUGAUAAUAAUAAUAAUAAUAAUAAUAAUAAUAAUAAUAAUAAUGAUGAUGAUGAUGAUGAUGAUAAGUAUAAUUAUGAUAAUCCCUUGUUUUACCCUCGGCAGUAUUUGUAGCACUUGUGCCAGUGGGGCCAAGCAAAUGUCUGAAACAAAUAUUUCAAAUGAAACUUAACAGGGUUAAAAAAGGCCAACUGGCCGGAGGCAAACCAGUUGGUUAUUUACAAGCGUGGCCGAGGAUUUAAACUCGGGACUACCGAGAACAAAUCCAGCUAACAGCCAGGGCGGGACUUGAACUCGGGACUGCAAUUCCAGCUCUCUAUACUGCUCGGCCACCCUACCUCCACUAUUCUUAUCAUUUUAGUUCGCUAAUUCUUUAUACCAAAUGAACCUUUCUUGGGAGGAAUCGAAACCUGCAAUUAGCAUCGAUUGAUACCAAAAAGAAUUAUCAUCAUAUUCCUAUUAUUCCAUUUUAGUUGCUAAUACUUUAUACCAAGAGAUACUAGCAAGCAACUUGAAGAUUAACUGAACAUGAAUUGUUUUUAAUAAAGACACCCAUGUUUUACUCCUCGGCCAAAUUCAUAUCUCAAUGUCAACUGGAAAUAAAUAAUUAAAAUGAAACAUUGGACAUGGCCAGAAUUUAAUUUCACGCACGCGCGGUAGCAGUGGACACUUAGAAAAAAUACCAACAGAAAACAAUGAACAUUUUACAAAGAAAUGUAAAAAAGGAAAAAAAUUUGCGAUACAGCAAGUCGUGCGAUAUACCUGAACACUAGGUUGCGAUUGAGACUGAAAGGUUGACUUAUUUAGAUCUUAGUUUUGACAAACUUAAACUCGGCCUACCUUCAAAUCUCGAGCUUCCCAGAAUGGACAUAAAAAUACGAAAAAAUUACCUGCGUCUUCCAUAUGAUUCUAUUGCAAAUGGAGCACCGCCACCUCGAUUAACCUAUACCAUGCACCGCCGAUCAAAAACCGUUUCAAAACCAUCCACCAAAGUCAAACGCCAUCAAAAAACGUUCUAAACCAUCCAACAGCGUCCACUACCGUCCAACCACGCAAAACUGUGCGACAACAACAACCAACAACUAGCUUUAUUUGCAUGACCAUACAAGCACAUACAGUAUUGCAAAAGCUAUGUUUAGGAAUCAAAAUUACAACACAAGGCAAUUAUGUUACUUUGAUAAUAAUUUGUCACGAACAUCAAAACAAGCUGAAAUAUAUUUUAUGAAUUGUAUAUUGAUAAAGUAAUUAGCUGUAAUUAGAAGAGUUCAUCAGUUCAUUGAUCAAACCGUUUUUAGGUAACUGGGUAAUAUUUGGAAUCAGAGUCUUGACUUUAUAGUAAUUAAAUUUAUUCCUAAUCAUAGAGUAUGUAGGACAUUGAAAAAGAAAGUGAACUUCGUCUUCUAUUACCUUGCAUCCACAAAAUGGGCAAUGCCUAUUAUCCUUCGUAGUUUGAUUAUAUCUGCCUAUCUCUAUCAUUAGUUUGUGAUUGCUUAUUCGUAGUUUUACUAAAGCCCUUCUCCCAGCUGUUCCUCUUGUUGAGUCUAAGUAACUAGAGAACGUAUGAACGGUUUUAAAAGAUCUAUAAAAUUCAAGUUUUUGAGAAUGCUGAAAGUCGAAUGACAUUAAAAAAGCUUGUUUGACGAGAGAUUCCUCAUCUUUAGACUGUAUAUACAAAAUGUAUUUGAGAAUUUUGUGAAUAAUAGUGACAUUUAAAAGAAAACGACCAAGCUCUGCUCUACAAGCUAUAUUAGAAGCUUUGUUGUUUACUUCCAAGUAUCGUUUACAAAAUUGAAGGUGUUCCUUCUCGAUUUGUGAGCCGUCCUAGAUCCUUAAGUCUGGUUUGGCAUACACACCCCAAAUUUCACUGUUACAAUGUAUGUUAGAAUAGGGGAGAUCAUAGUAACAAAUAUUUUACAGGCGAGAGCUGCUUCUAGUUGUUUCCAAACUCGCCUAGCAAAGUCCACAAACAUCCAAUACCUUCAACACUGUUGACCACCAUCCAACGCCAUCAAACAAUAUCCAGCAGCAUUCAACACCAUUCAAUAACAUCCAAAAUCGUCACGGAAACCCGAACCAAAACCGUCCAACAUUUUUCAGCAAUGUUUAACACCAUCUAACAUUAGUAUUCACCAAAUCAGUGGAUAGCAAUUUUCGCGCGUUUUGAUUGGCUCCGGUAACUCGGAAUAUCCUUCAGUUGGCUAAUCACAGUUUUGCGCCCGGAGCCAAGAUGGUGUCUCGUUUCGAGACAUUUCGGAAAGACGAAAUUUGAGCGAUAAAUAAAGCAUUCAUGCAAACAAAUACCAAGAAAGCGACGAACUUUGGCUUGUCCGUGAUUUUUACUGGUAGAUAGAAAAUUAUUUUCAUGCUGAAUUUGCAACAAAAUCGUAAAAUGCACUUUAAAAAAAUCGCAGAAAUGUUUGUAAAUUGUAAACAAAGUUCCUACUAAGUGACGUUUUUAAUUUACAAAAGUUUAUUUUCAUUUUAGCCAAUGCAACUAAUUCGGUAAAUACUAAAACAACUCCCCCUCAGGGUCGGUGAACAGGGUUAUUGCUUGGUGUUACGAUGCACGAAAUUAUGCUAAUUAGUAUAUGCCAAUGUCUAUGUCAUAUAAUGAAAGUGUCACGGAGUCAUGGCUUAUAGGUGCAGUCAAUGGUUUCUGGUUUCAUAUAGGUUCAUAGGUUUCAUGGUUUCAUAGGCUUCGUGGUGUCAAUGGUUUCAUGGUUUCAUAAGUCUCGUGGUGACAAUUGUUUCAUGGUUUCAUAGGUUUCGCGGUGUCAAGGGUUUCAUGGUUUCGUGGUGUCAGUGGUUUCAUGGUUUCAUAGGUUUCGUGGUGUCAAUGGUUUCAUGGUUUCAUAGGUUUCGUGGUGUCUAUGGUUUCAUGGUUUCAUAGGUUUCGCGGUGUCAAUGCUUUCAUGGUUUCAUAGGUUUCGUGGUGUCAAGGGUUUCAUGGUUUCAUAGGUUUCGUGGUGUCAGUGGUUUCAUGGUUUUAUAGGUUUCGUGGUGUCAAUGGUUUAGUAGUUUCGUGUGUUUCGUGGUUACAUAGGAUUCGUGGUGGCAAUGGUUUCAUGGUUUCAUAGGUUUCGUGGUGUCAAUGGUUUCAUUGAAACCCUUGACACCACGAAACCUAUGACACCAUGAAACUAUUGACACCACGAAACCUAUGAAACCAUGAAACUAUUGACAUCACGAAACCUAUGAAACCAUGAAACCAUUGACACCACGAAACCUAUGAAACCAUAAAACCAUUGACACCACGAGACCUAUGAAACCAUGAAACUAUUGACACCACGAAACCUAUGAAACCAUGAAACCACUGACACCACGAAACCAUGAAACCCUUGACACCACGAAACCUAUGAAACCAUGAAACCAUUGACACCACGAAACCUAUGAAACCAUGAAACCAUUGACACCACGAAACCUAUGAAACCAUGAAACCCUUGAGACCACGAAACCUAUGAAACCAUGAAACCAUAGACACCAAGAAACCAAUGAAACCAUAGAACUAUUGACACCACGAAACCUAUGAAACCAUGAAACCAUUCACACCAAGAAACCUAUGAAACCAUGAAACUAUUGACACCACGAAACCUAUGAAACCAUUGACACCGGGAAACCUAUAAAACCAUGAAACCCUUGACACCAUGAAACCCAUGAAACCAUUGACACCACGAAACCUAUAAAACCAUGAAACCCUUGACACCACGAAACCUCUGAAACUAUGAAACCAUUUACACCACGGAACCUAUGAAACCAUGAAACCAUAGACACCACGAAACCUAUGAAACCAUGAAACCAUGAAACCAUAGACACCACGAAACCUAUGAAACCACAAAACACAUGAAACUAUGAAACCAUUGACACCACGAAACCUCUGAAACCAUGAAACCUUUGACACCAGGAAUCCUAUGAAACCAUGAAACCAUUGUCACCACGAAGCCUAUGAAACUAUGAAACCAUUGACAUCACAAAACAGAUAAAACUAUGAAACCAUUGACACCACGAAACCUAUGAAACCAUGUCUCCAUGACACUUUCAUUAUGUGACAUAGACAUUGGUAUAUACUAAUUAGCAUAAAUUCGUGCACUGUAACACCAAGUUGUAACCGUGAACAGCGCUAGAUAUAUACCUCGACGCUUCGCGUCUCGGUAUAUCCACCCAACACUAUUCACCUCCUCUUCGGGGGAUAGUUGUAUACUGUGCAAUGCUAUCCAACUUAACAACAUUUCAAAGGAAUCAAUUAUGUUACUCCCAAUAGAGCUGAGUGAAGCUGCCUUACAUUUUGGAUCCAGUUUGUACUUACACCAUUUAACAACAUUCAUCGUCGUUCAAAUUAAACGUUAUCAUUUAGGAAUUAAGAUUACCUUUAUGAUAGCCACUGCAUAUCUGUUCAGUGGCUUCAGAGCCAUUUUUACAUUUUGUCAGUAAUUUUAAGUUUUUGUUUAAACUUUUAUUGGAGGCGGGUUGGCCAAUUAUCUACAUGUAUACACUUCAGUAGUAUAGGGCGCACCGGUUAGUUCCCUUUUUUGGGCAGGAAUUUCAUUAACUUGGGUAGGAAUAAAAUUAACGCCAAUGACGUCAUAACCUUUUGUCUUUAUCUCAUGAAUAAAAUGCGCAGGGAUGCCAUUAAGAUAAGGUCAUGUGCUAUUUUUAGUUGGUUUAGGAUUUCUAGUUACUUUAAGGUCGAUAAACGUCUUCGUUUUCGAUUGGUUAGUUUGAAAAUAAUUGGUUAAUUCAUACUGUCUGAGGAGUAAAGUCAAACUUGUCUGUGACUUACAAUCACGGAGGCGUAAUGUAAUUAUGCAAGUCCUAUUUCCUGCUGCUGUUAUUGUCCUAGUUCCGGUUCACUGACUUUUGGCGGGCAAAUCGUGCAUAUUAAUGAGGGCAAAGACAAACUAGCUCUUUUUUACACUGCGCACAAUGUUUUACCUACCCCUUCCUUUUCAAUUUUAUUUCCCCCCUCAAUUGUUUCUUUUUCCCUUCUCUACAAUUUUAUUAUUUUUCCUCCUCAAUGUUUUUAUACCCUCCUCCACAAUUUUUUAUUAUUUUCGUUCCUCAAUGUUUUUUAUUCCCCUCCACCAUAAUUUUAAUAUUUUCCCUCAAUUUCAUUAUUUUCCCUCCUUAAUGUUAUUAUUCCCUCCUCUACAAUUUUAUCAUUUUCCCUCCUCUUCCUCCCCCUCCUCCUCCUCCUCCUCCUCACUUCUAUUGUUUUCCCUCCUCCACCUCCUCAUUUUGAUUGUUUUUCCUUUUCGUUCUCAUUUUGAUUGUUUUGAUAGGGUCGAUGUGGGGUCGAUGUAGGGUCGAUGUGGGGUGGAUGUGGGGUUGAUGUGUGGUCGAUGUGGGGUCGAUGUGGGGUCGAUGUAGGGUCGAUGUGGGGUCGAUGUGGGGUCGAUGUAGGAGGGGGAGGAAGAGGAGGGAAAAUAAUAAAAUUGUAGAGGAGGGAAUAAUAAAGACAAAAGGUUAUGACGUCAUUGGCGUUAAUUUAUUCCUGCCCAAAAAAGGGGACUAACCUGUGCGCCCUAUACUACUCACUUCCAUCUUUGUAUCUAUAGACUAAGGUUCAGCCUUGGGGUCGCUUUUUUUUUUAGACGAGAGACGUUUGUCCCAUUUUGUCUCUCUUCACCCAUUUGUAUAAAUAGAGUAUCCCUGAAAUUUGCUAGUAUCCUAUCCAGGCGGAAGACAUGACGGGCUUUGCUCACCAAAAAAAAAUAUGCAAAUUAGGCUAAGGGUAGAUUGAAUCUACCCAUGGCUUAUGAUUAACUGAAACGGGAGAUCACAAUUCGCGCCUUCAUACGACUGAGGUGUUACUUUGGAAUCCUCGGUAAUUACUUUUUUCACACUUGCCGACAUCCAAAAACACCCGGCGUGGGAAUCACGAGACGUGUAAAUAAGACAUUUCUUGACAUAAUAAAAAGGUUUUCCAGAUACGGACGCGCAUUUGUUGGCUUUACUCGCGUGGAGACACACGUCAACUGUUACUUCGCGCGAAAUAGUAUUCAGGGCAUGGCUCUACUGUAAAAAAAACCCGCUCCUUAUUGAUCGCACAACCAUAAUUAUGAAAGGCGAUAGCAAGAAAAAUAACUAUUACUCGAGUGGGAUAAUCGAAGAUCAAGAACCAAACCUUGACGAGAGCGGGGUUUAUAUCUGUUACUAAAGAGAAAAUGGAAAUGAAACAUAAACCCUUUGCCGACUCAGAAAAUAUUACGAGAAGCUAAAGUUUACCACCCGAGAAACAUUUUAAUGACGGCCUAUAAUCUAUUCUGACGGGAGGAAUGAAAUUAUUUGCAAUUAUGUCGAUCGAACAGUAUACUAUCUUCUAUCUAUUACUGUGUGGUCGGCAGGAACAUUACACAAAACGGCGUCAGCAACGAGGUUCGAUGUUAUAAAUUAAGUACAUUUACUUACCUGUGAUAAAUUAAUGUUUACUCAACGAGAAUGAUUUAAUCCCAGAGAAACUACGAUUCCCGAAACAGGAACAUUUGGAAUUCUUGGAUAUCAGUAACUACAACCGACUUACAACAGCUUCAUUUUAAUAGAGACUUGAUUCUGAAAUAAUAAACCGUGAGAUCUAACGUAAAGCUCAUAGGGCACGGCGAAGGGAAGGCAACCGGAGGGUUUGAAGUAAUCUGGUGGCCCAAUCUUUUUUCCGGCACUAGCCACGGGAAGUUAACCCUAAGAUUCUAUUUUGCUAAAGUAAUGCUUUGAUUUAUUUAACGUACGAUAAUUGACUCGGUUGUGUUUUACAAACACAUUUUUUUGCAACCCAAGCUUCUUAAUUAAGCCAGAGAACGGAAAUUUUUGUCGUCGAUUUUCAUUGACAAAAUCAUUUGUAAGAACUAAUAGACAUGUGAGUGUUAUAACUUUUCAUUUGACGUUUUACAGUACGGAUAGCUCUGUAACAAGCGGCAAGAUAAUAUCAUUUUUACAUACAUAUAUUAGCAUCGUUUGAAAUUAACGAAUAAUACUCAUAAUAAAAACGUUUUGAUUGUGUUAUCAUGAUUUUGGUUAAAACAAUUUUGUCACACUGUGUCGCUGAAAGUUUAUCUCAGUACCCAAGCAAUAAUUGUAACUAAAGUAAAUUCUAUGUGAAUUUCUGAAAGAAAACUAAAGCAAAUCAGUGUACACUCCAUCGCCUGCUGCAAAUUAUAGCCCUGUAUCAAACAAAAAUAAUUUCAAAUCACUCAAUAAUGAUGUUGAUAAUAAUAGCAAUAACAAUAAUAAUAAUAAUCCGUCAUCAGGUAACAAUAGCCCAUAAAUGAACUGACCACCCAAGAGAAACAGAACCAGUUAGUCCAAGAUGAAAAUGAUGAAAAUUAGGUCCGGUCAUCAGAUAACAACAGCCCACAAAUGAACUGACUACCCAAGAGAAACAGAACCAGUUAGUACAAAAUGAAAAUGAUGAAAAUUAGGUCCUGUCAUCAGAUAACAACAGUCCACAAAUGAACUGACUACCCAAGAGAAACAGAACCAGUUAGUACAAAAUAAAAAUGAUAAAAAUUAGGUCCUGUCAUCAGAUAACAACAGUCCACAAAUGAACUGACUACCCAAGAGAAACAGAACCAGUUAGUACAAAAUAAAAAUGAUAAAAAUUAGGUCCUGUCAUCAGAUAACAACAGUCCACAAAUAAACUGACUACCCAAGAGAAACAGAACCAGUUAGUACAAAAUGAAAAUGAUGAAAAUUAGGUCCUGUUAUCAGAUAACAACAGCCCAUAAAUGAACUGACUACCCAAGAGAAACAAAACCAGUUAGUACAAAAUAAAAAUGAUAAAAAUUAGGUCCUGUCAUCAGAUUACAACAGUCCACAAAUAAACUGACUACUCAAGAGAAACAGAACCAGUUAGUACAAAAUGAAAAUGAUGAAAAUUAGGUCCUGUCAUCAGAUAACAACAGUCCACAAAUGAACUGACUACCCAAGAGAAACAGAACCAGUUAGUACAAAAUAAAAAUGAUAAAAAUUAGGUCCUGUCAUCAGAUAACAACAGUCCACAAAUGAACUGACUACCCAAGAGAAACAGAACCAGUUAGUACAAAAUAAAAAUGAUAAAAAUUAGGUCCUGUCAUCAGAUAACAACAGUCCACAAAUGAACUGACUACCCAAGAGAAACAGAACCAGUUAGUACAAAAUGAAAAUGAUGAAAAUUAGGUCCUGUCAUCAGAUAACAACAGUCCACAAAUGAACUGACUACCCAAGAGAAACAGAACCAGUUAGUACAAAAUGAAAAUGAUGAAAAUUAGGUCCUGUUAUCAGAUAACAACAGCCCAUAAAUGAACUGACUACCCAAGAGAAACAAAACCAGUUAGUACAAAAUAAUAAUGAUAAAAAUUAGAUUUUUCCAUUAGAUAACAAAAGCCCAUAAAUAAACUGACUACCCAAGAGAAACAGAAUAAUAACUGAAGCUAAAUGUUUUCUUUAAAUUGAAGUGACCAGAAAACAGAAAUACCUCACUGUAUUGGGAAUAAUUUGACAAAAAACAAACUUACCUCAAGUCUAAUAUCACUAAUAUGUAACUUAAGUCCGUUUUAGUCUUACCUCUACCUUAAAGAAAAACAGAAUUUACAAGGCCAUCUGCUGGAAUGCAUUUCUGGCGAAGAAGACCAGUGAUCAAACGGACGUGGAACGAAGCGACGUACACAGUAGCUGGCAUCAUGUUGAAUUCCACUACGGCAUAGGCCGAUUUGGCGGGUUCAAGUUCCCGCGUUGCCACGUCUUUCGUCAGGAAAUCUCCUAAAUAUUUCUUCUUUGGAGAAACCCGUCGGGAGGACUCCACAUACUUCUUUUUUGAGUGCAUGCCAAUGCUUUUGGGGGUUCUAACCCUCGACAGACUCGAAAUGGGAAACGAAGACUCAUACCGUCGACGGUCGCCUUCACUUCAAAUGGUUUCGAAA